UAGAGUCUCAUUUAGAGAGAGUGCACAUUGUCAUUUUGAAUUUUUGUGGAGUUGCUGUCACAAUCUUCGAAAAUGUUUGACAAGUAGGCUAUGCAUAGCCUAAUUUAUAAAGAGGAGGACUUUCCCUAAAGUCUGGGAGGCGCCAAAUCAACGUUAAAACUUCGCAUGCGCCAUGCCUCACGGAGGUGCGAGCUGUAACGGGACUAGCAUCACAAUUAUUUUCAAUGUGAAGCCCAUAGCUGUAUAUUUGGGUCAUUGAUUGGUCAUUGGAAAUGGAUCAGACAGAAUCCGAGGCUUCUGUUUCGCAUUGAUUGCGUUGCCUACACGAAUAUCUUUAACUUCAAAGCGGAUGGGAGUAGGCUUGAAAAGUAGUCCAGUGUUAGGCUACUGUCCCUGAAGUAUCUAUCUUAGUAUCUGUCCACUGUUCAUUGCACCUGUGCAUUCGUUUGAUUUUAGACCGACAAGAUUGGGAAAACGUUAUUUGGAGCAAGAGAACCCUGCUGAGUGUGAUGGGUUCAUUUAGGCGCCCGCGCCCGCGUUUCAUGAGCUCGCCCGUGCUCACAGACCUUGCUCGCUUCCAUGCGAGUUCGCCUGCGCUGCAGCUGUCAAAUGCAAGCAUGUGGAACAGUGUCCAGUCUGCUGUGGUCAAAGUGUUCCAAGGAGGAGGCUUGCAGACCAAUGAGCUCUUCACCCUCAAUGAAAGCAUAAGGUGGCUUCUGAAAACAGAACUGGGCUCUUUCAUCACUGAGUAUUUCCAGAAUCAGCUUCUAAACAAAGGCCUUGCUUAUAUACUGGAGAGAAUUCAGCUAUAUGAUGGUGAUGACCAGCUGCUCAUCCUGUCUGAGAUGUGGGGCAGAUUCUUCACAGAAACCAUGCCGACCCUUCAGGCCAUCUUCUAUCCAGUGCAGGGCCAGGAGCUCACAGUCAGACAGAUGGCCCUACUGAGCUUCAGAGACCUUGUGCUCCUAAAGCUGCCCCUGGAGACCCUGCUCCCCAAAGCGCCUCCUCCUCACCCUCCCGCCAUCACACAAAUGCUGCUCAUCCUCCAGGGCAUCCAUGAACCCAAUGGGCCUACUGAGGAAUACUGCCUUCUAGAGAGACUAGUGGCUAUGGUCAUCUCGCCGUACCUGGGAAACGACCUCAGUUGGAGCAACGGGGAACAUCUUCCAGAAUGCAACCUGCCCCACUCCAGAUCACAGUUUGGCCAGCCAGAGAUCAUGAUCACACAGUUUGACCCACUCGGACCCCUGGUGGAACAAGAGGGUGAGGCCUACCUGGAGAAAGCAGGUGGCAUUCGACGUCACACAGUUGCUAAUGCCCACUCAGACAUUAAGCUCCUCUCCACGGCCAACAGGAUGCAUGCUGGCAGUGGGGAGACUGGAGGGGGAAGUAUGGCGGCCAAGACAUUCUCCAGUGAACCUGACAUCCUAGAGUCCCCUGUAGGGCUAAUCGGACUAUCUAGACGGCAGAGUUCUGGAGACCUCAUCUGUGCGCCACCCAGCUAGCACUGUCACUGGAGAUGGCCCUCUUCACUGGACACCGGCCUGGGAGGUCCAAAUGGACCCCUCUGAAGAUGAGCUUGUGUAAAGGAGGACUCCCUUCACUGAUGGGGCCUUAUGGGAGAUCACUGCCUCUACUCCUGCUUUUCACUGAAUGCAACACUUCCCCUAACAGGGGAAUGAAUGCUUUCCAGCUGUGGGAUUUGUAUGCCACUGUGUUCCAGCCUGCAGCCAGAUGCCUUUAAGUGGUGGAGGGCGAAGGCACAGGAAGCUCCAUCUUUAGGAAUGGGGACGGGAUCGGAGCGGUCUGUUAUCUUGGGGAGAGAGGCACAGGCUCCUCCCCUUCGGUCCCAUCCGCUGUGGAAGUGUCACUGGCGUGUGGAAUUCCAGUCCUGCUCAGCAUCACCACUUCGUUUACAAAGACUUCAUUUGGUAUUAACACCAAAACCUCACACAACCAUGACGUGCCAGGGAUGAGUUUACAUAGUAUAGUCUGUAGAGGAGCUGGUCCUUUAUUACUUUCAGUUGCUUGAGUCUCUGAAGGUUCUUGUAAAGCACAUUAAUGAACAAGUGAUACUGAUGAACUGGACUUUAGUCAUGGAGUGGUUUUGUCCAGUUUUUUGGUGAAUGGAGGCUCUGGUACAAAAUAUAUAUGUGUUGAAUGUUUAUUAAGAUUUUUCCCCAAUGUAUUUUUCAAUAAAAUGGAUGAAUAAAAUAUUU